AUGCGUUUUCGGGCAACAGUGUAUCGUGCUAUGGACAAUCUUGACGCCGCCACCGCUAAACAAAGGAGAAAGGCUUUGCAAAUGGGAGACUCUGACUAUAUGAUUCGUAAUAUCUCGAAAAGGGGUUGGUGCGCGGUCGAGAUGCAUCCUGGGGCAGAUGGCUUGGAAACUCCGGAUCUACCUGUCCGGGACGUUCACUGUUUCAAAACGGUACCUGUCGAAACAUUUGAAUUUCUCAAUGACCUGGUUGUUGACCGUGGUCCUAGUCCCUACGUAACCAUGCUCGAAGUAUUUUCUGACGACUCUCAUUUGACAACCGCCCAUGCCGACGGGCUUUGUAUCGCGACUCCUACCGGCUCUACAGCUUAUUCACUUUCUGCAGGCGGAUCUCUCGUUCAUCCCAGCAUACCGGCAAUGCUAAUUACACCAAUUUGCGCACAUACAUUGUCUUUCCGCCCUAUGCUCGUGCCAGAUACCAUGGAAUUGCGGAUCGCAGUUCCUUUCAACUCAAGGAGUAAUGCAUGGGCAAGUUUUGAUGGGAGAGGUCGCAUUGAAAUUCGAAGAGGCGAUCAUAUUAAGGUCACAGCUUCACCGUACCCCUUUCCCACCGUAUCUCCUGAUGAUCAUCCGAACCCUUGGUUUGAUUCAGUGUCGCGAACUUUGAAUUGGAAUCAGCGGAAGCAUCAGAUGGGUUUUGUGACACUGAAGAGUGAUUCUUCAAAGAAAGGUAAAGGUCAGCAUGAUAUCGACCUUGCCGACGUGGAUUCAGGAGAAGAGAGCGACAUUGAGACUGACCUAUGUCCCAUUGAAGGCAAGGAAGCGCAAGAAGACGAAGAAUUUGACAUCGACGAUCAUGUCCCUUCUGUCGGCACUCAUCCACUCUCUUUUUCGGGUUAUGUCGGUUCAGCACAACUAGAUUCUCGAAGCGACUCGUCAUCCACAGGUGCUGUCCCCAUAUAUCAGAAUAAUCUAAGCAUAUUUUCAGGAAGCCAGGAUUUCAGUAAUAGUCGAAGUCCUGAUCGCUACGGUCCUUCAGGUCCACCACCAGCACCUGGUCCACUCUCGGAUCGCCAUUUGGCAACCGUGGACUUCCGACUGCAAGACAGUAUAUACAAAGAUCAUGCAAGGUCUUUCGGUGUAAAUGGUAUUCCAUCCAAUCCGUAG